AUGACUCGGCACGCCGUCGGUAAAGCUACUAAACCUUUGGCUUCUGCUGUGGGUGCUCAACCGGUCUCGCAAACUCAACGAUUCUCUCCUGCAUUUCGUGGCCGCAAAACCUCGGUCAUCUUGGAUAAUGACCAGUCCAAUAAUGUCAUUGUCAAUCCAAAACUACUUAAAAUGCACAAAAAUGCACUGCCGAGUGCCAGUACCAACGUGAGUGGACGACAAGUGAUGACGGACCAGGAAUUCGCUUGGCAUUCCGAUCCAUUCCUGCGUAUGCUUUCUAGCCCUUUGAGGGCCUGCACUUUAACUAAGCGGUAUGCUCCAACAGACCACUUGAUUCGUAUGACUGCUACUCUUUUCGCGCAACAAGGAGAGUCAAUAUCUUCAUCAACGCCAGCAUAUAUCAUGCCUUCGAACCUUCACCAUCCUCGCUAUGCACCCCAUCCACGAGGGCAGGGUACUUAUAUCCCUUGCUCAAAGAAAGCCAUCCCAUUAUUAGCUGGGAAGGGUCGCCAUCGAGGUCUAUUUCCGGGAGCCGAGGUCCACCCUUUACUAGAGGAUCAAAUUACUUCUGGGCUACAGGCUAGAUGCGUCGAAGAAGCUGAACUAGUGGCCAACAGUCUCAGAACGACAGCGCGCUACAAACCGGGCGAACCGGCUGCCUUUACCGUACGAGACUAA